AUGAAUACAUUAAAUGAUUAUGAAAUUUUAGAGAAACUAGGAUCUGGUUCUUAUGGUGAUGUAAUGUUAGCAAAAUGCAAAGCUAAUGGAUAAUUAGUAGCAAUAAAAGCAAUGGAGAAAAGGUUGUUAAUUAAGGUUAAUAAUGUAACAAUAGAAUAGGAAAAAAAGCAAUACUAAGUUUUUAUUGAGAAAGAAGUGUUAUCGAGAGUUAAACAUCCUGGUUUAAUAAAUAUGAUAGCUAGUUUCUAGAGUUCAGCAUAAAUAUAUUUAGUUUUAGAGUUUAUGGAAGGUGGAGAUUUUGCUAAUUUCCUAAAAAUCAAUAGUAAUGAGAUAUAAUGAUUAUAGGAAACAUGUCUUAACAUACAAUAGUAUUUUAUACAGCAGAGAUUGUGACAAUACUCGAAUAAUUGCAUUCAAAUGGGAUUGCACAUAGAGAUGUGAAAGUAAUAAAUUAAUGAUGUUGUUAAAGCCAGAAAAUAUAAUGGUAGCAAAUAAUUUGCAUAUAAAAAUGAUUGAUUUUGGAACAGCUAGUUUUUUUGAUGAACAUAAUUUACCAGAGAAUGUUCGGGAUAAAUUGAAUGAAUUAAGAGAGAUUAGCAAAUAAGAUGAAAGAUUUUUAGAUGAAAUAGAUUAAUAUUAAUAGAAGCAUAAAGCAACAUUUGUAGGGACAGCAGAAUAUGUAUCACCAGAACUUUUAGAAGAUGAUAUUUGUGGUCCUUAAGCAGAUUUAUGGGCUUUAGGAUGCAUAAUAUAUAAAAUGUUUACAGGAACAACUCCAUUUUGUGAUUAAACAGAAUAUUUAGUAUUUUAAAAGGUUAGAUCAUGCUAAUAUUCUAAAAAUAAUAAGAUUCCAUAAGAUGGAAUGGAUUUAAUAAGUAAAUUAUUAGUCAGAGAUCCAUUAAGUCGUUUAGGUGGAGGAUUACCCAGUAAAAUAUAUAUUUAUGUUUAAAUAGAUUCUAAAAAUACUUAUAGAGAAUUAAAAAGUCAUCCAUUUUUUAAAGAUAUUAAUUGGUAGUAGUUGUGGAAUUAAAAAGGACCAGAAGAUGUUUAAAUACAUCUAAAAAAGAUAACAACUUAAGAGUUCACAAAAAAAAAAUAAAGUGCCACAUUAAAACCAGAAGUAGUCAUAACUGGAUUAGUUAAUAAAAAGACAGGUUUGAGGUGAUUAUAAAUGUAGGUUGGAUGAUUUAUAAAUUAAGAAACAUGAUUUUGUACGAUUUUGAAAUUCCUAAAUUAGAAUAUUUUGAUCCUAAUACAGGAUUAAAAAAGGUAUAAAUAUAAUUUAUAAUAACUUUUAAAAAGGGUUAAAUCAUAUUAGAUAAAUCUGUAACAAUAGAAUUAUUAAAAGGAUAGUUUAAUAUAGAUGUUCCUACUAAAAAGAAAUACUAUUUUAAAGUCAAAUAAUAUAUUUAUAUAAGGAAUGUGAACAUCCAGCAUAAUUGUGGGUCGACAAAAUAAAAGACGUGAUGAAAAAAAGGCUGAAUUGUGAUUUAUAAUUAACAUAGUUAUGA